GGGCUGGAGAUGGACCUGCUGGAGGUGGGUGGCAGCCAGAACCUGCGAGCGUACUGGCCCCACUACCUGAGCCAUGCCCACGUGCUGGUGUUCGUGGUGGACUCCGUGGACAGGUCGCGCCUGCUGACAGCGCGCCAGGACUUGCUGGCCGCAGAGCCCCAGCUGCCCUGGAUCGUGCUGGCCAACAAGCAGGACAAGAGCGAUGCCCUGAGCACGGAAGAGCUGCGGAAGGAGCUGGCCCUGCACACGCUCAGCGGGCAGCGGGAGUUCUUCCUCCUGCCCACCAGCGCGACCUGGGCCAGUUUGAACACUGCCACCAGUGUCCUCCAUGUGAAAAGCCUGCUGGUCAGUCUGCUCUCCCAGCACUGA